GCGGUUGUCAAGGAUUCAGAGGUGGUGCCACGGCUACCCGAUUUUGGGAUUUCCAGAAGAAAAGAUCAAGGGGGAAUUAUCAAGAAUAGAUUCCUUUUCUGAAUAGUUAAACCUCAAAUGACCACAGCCUUGGCCCUUCAGACUCCAGAGAUGCAGGAGGGACUUAUAGCAGUGAAAGUAAAAGAGGAAGAGGGAGACCAUGCCUAUGGGCAAGAAUCUGGCCUGUCAAGAGAUAACCCUCACACCAGAGAGAUCUUUCGUAGACGCUUCAGACAAUUCUGCUACCAGGAGACACCUGGGCCCCGAGAGGCUCUUCGAAGACUCCGGGAACUCUGCCAUCAGUGGCUGAGACCAGAGAUGCACACCAAGGAGCAGAUCCUGGAGCUGCUGGUGCUGGAGCAGUUCCUGACCAUCCUGCCCGAGGAGCUCCAGGCCUGGGUGAGAGAGCACCGCCCAGUGAGUGGAGAGGAGGCGGUAACUGUGCUGGAGGAUUUGGAGAGAGAGCUGGAUGAACCAGGAGAGCAGGUCCCAGCCCAUGAUCAUGAACAGGAAGAGCUUGUGAAGGAGAAAGCAACUCUAGGAGCAGCCCAGGAGUCGUCAGGUGGCCAGCUCCAAACCUUGGAAGAGCAGCCUCAGUGGAACUUGCGAGGCGUGUGCCCGGUUCAGGAGAUUGAUGAUGAGGCUGGGACUUGGAAUGUGGAGUUAGCCCCAAAGAGGGAUCUGUCUAAAGAAACGAAAUCUUGCGUGGAAGUACCUGAAACAUUGAAUGGUGAUAUUAUUCCAGUGCCUGAGUGUGGAGAGACCUGUGACCACGAAGCCAGAUGGGAAAGGCAACGGGUAAGCUCUUCGGUGGAGAGACCCUAUAUCUGUGGUGAAUGUGGGAAAAGCUUCACCCAGAAUUCCAUCCUCAUCGAGCACCAGAGAACGCACACGGGCGAGAAGCCCUAUGAGUGUGAUGAAUGUGGGCGGGCCUUCAGCCAGCGGUCAGGCCUCUUCCAGCACCAGAGACUCCACACUGGGGAGAAGCGCUACCAGUGCAGCGUUUGCGGUAAAGCCUUCAGCCAGAACGCUGGGCUUUUCCAUCACCUCAGGAUCCACACGGGGGAAAAACCUUACCAGUGCAGUCAGUGCAGUAAGAGCUUUAGUCGACGUUCUGUCCUCAUUAAGCAUCAGAGAAUUCACACUGGAGAAAGACCUUAUGAAUGUGAGGAAUGUGGCAAGAACUUCAGUUACCACUGCAACCUUGUCCAGCAUCGGAAAGUCCACCCUGUGGCUGAAUCCAGCUAGCUCCUUGGAACAGGUAGGGCAAAAUUUCAUGAUGUCAGACCACUAGGCAUGGUAGCAAGGGUCCUGGUUCUUACUUUGUCUCUGAGAGAAAAAUAAGAGAUUAAUCCUCUAGUAUAGGAAGAUCCAAGGAAGACCAGUGAAAACGUCCUUAUUUUUAUGCUGAGAGACAUAUAAUAUCUUAAAUAUAUCUGUCAAAA